CGAACAGAUCCGUACUUCAGCACUAUACAAGUGCGCCUGUAGCCGCCUCCAUCUCCUCUCCACCCACCCAGUCUUGGUCUCCUCCCCGCAGCCCGCCGUUGUCGCCUGGCAAAUACCACAAGAUGCCGCAUUUGCCUCCAGGAGCGUCGCGCAACCUGGUAUCCGCCAUUCCAACGAAACAGUGGAUGGACUGGGCAGAUGGAAAACCGAUCGGCCCUGCCCCCCAUACGAUACGGCCGACUGAAUACGGAUGCAUGAUCAACCGAGACUUCAUCGAUGACAACGACAAAAACGAUAUCAUUUCGUACAAGAAGGGCAUGCAAGGCCAUUUUCUUGAGGAGAGAUUUAGCAACGUGAACACCAAAGUCGCAAAGAUUUACAUCAGGGGUGUGACUGAUAGCAAGGAAUACCCGAAUCGAUGGGUACCGCGCGCUUUUAUCGACGUAGGCCAGCCAUGGAAGGCCGAUUUCAAAGAUUGGAAGGUUGAAGCAAGUCUAUUCACGACAAUAGUUGAUUCUCGCAGGUGGAAGACAGAUCGGGAACCUGACAACAGUACUCUCGGAAAGACUGUGACGAAGCUUGUCGCCGCCUUUCGUGCACAGCCACCAGAUUAUCUUGGUAUCAAGCUUUCGGACUUCAUCGAUCGGUACGGCGGUUCUGCUUCCGUCAGUCAAACUAUCAUCGACGGUAUCAAGGCAGCAGGACUGUAUAACAUCUUGAACACGCCGAACUUCACGAUGCAAGACCUUCUACGCCAAUCGAAAUGCAAAAUUCCUAGCUCUUCGUCUUCGAAAAAAGCCGGAGUUUACGCCAGGUUCCACAAAUCAGGCCCAAACGUCACUCACUGGAAGCCUAACACUACGUAUGCCUACACUGGCUUCUCGAGAGACUUCGACGAGAGGUUCGACUCGCACCGAGCAAAUAAGGCCUUGUAUGGCGAUCUGACUCGAAAUUCCACACAGCUGUCCUCGGUCGCUCUGUGCGUGUUGGACUCAACUCUUGAACAUGGAUUUUUCUACCUCACUGAGCAGAUAUUUGUCUGCAUAUUGGAAACAUACAGGGCCAUCCUGUCAAUCCCAUCCUCCGGCAACGCGAACACCAUCUCAUUUACCUACGCCACUAAAUACUUCUUGGACGUAUCAAAAGAAGUAUUUCGCAUCACUGGCUGGUGUGGUGCUGUCAACCGACCAUCCUUUGGGAUAUCUGAGGGCACGAAUUACAGCUCACCACUGCUUGAGUACUCUAACAUGUCUGACAAGACACUGUUCAUCCGUACAGAUGCUCAGGUGAGGGACGAAUUAACUGGACGCUCAGUUCCCAUGGCAUUCUUUCGACGUACAAAGAUGAAUGUCGUCCCUCCCAGUGGCCGAGUUGUCGCCUUCAAGCAUCGUGAACCCGAGAUAGGAGGAUACAUCAGUUUCACUCAUGAGCCUUGGACAGAUGGAGCGGAGGGUCCCAUUGCGGGUACGCCAUACCAACUCGUCUUCGAAGUUUGCAAGGAUGGAACGCCGCAUCCCCAGUCAUGGUCACGACUCCCUGAGGUUGGUCCAUUCAAGAACUGGAACCAAGCACGAUCUUGGGCCGUACGAAUUGAGUGGGAAAACCCUAAGAAUUCGGGAAAGUGGCAAUUCACAUAUCUUCAGGCUGGGCACGUCUCAGGAGGAGGCCUUUUUGCUCUCGCAGAUGAGAAUGUCCCCGGAUCUCUGAAAAUAUAUGCGAAAUCCAUCCAGUUCCUCCAGUGGCUUUGCAACGCGCCGCCAGCCCAUACUCACAACUGGAUCAAGAAAUACUCGGGAGCCGCCCGCGUGCUACAGGCCGAGUACGACAUGAUGAAGCAGACAGUCCGCUUCCAAGUGCCUACAGAUCAAAUCCCGAUGAUCAGUGGCGCGCGGAAACAUGAUGACGAUAUCAAAGCUGAGUUACGGGAUCCAAAGCACAAACUCGAAAAUGUGGACGGCGAGUUCGGCGCUUUUACGGGCAAGGCCUCUUUCGAUAGAAAGAGAGAAAAGUGUGAUUUGUGUGUUGUGGUAUGGAGGCACAACAAACCACUCCGUAACGGCGCGUGUUUGCGAAUCGGUAACAGCAGAGUCUGUGAAAACUGUCGUCAUCUUGGUCGGCCGUGCUGCUCGUGGACUAGAGGCACCAAGAAAAUGCUUCCGGACAUGUCUCAGUUCAGUCCAGAAGAGAUCGUAAAAGCGAACGCCAUCUGCUCGGCAUUGUUUCUGCAGCUCCCGACUAAGAUUGCUGGUACACUACAGAACUUCGAUAACAAGCUCAGGGCGCUGGACAGCUCUGAUGAUCUUGUGGACGAUGGCGACGAGAUUGAGGAUGAAGUCGACGUGGAGGAUGAGGAUGAAGAGGAGAUGUAGUUCAGUUUACCCAGCUUUCAUCACAUGUUUCUACGACAGCGAAUGCUUUCUGUGAGACCUGAUUCACAUUAUCAGAUUUGCUUUUGGCUUUAUUCCUUUUGUUUACAUCAUUCUUGGGAUCAAGAUCAACUGCGAAGUCCUCCAGAGUUCGGGCGAAGGCGGACAAGAGUGGGUCACUUGCAAGCAAAGGCGCCAUUGAACUCUCGAUUGAGUUAU